CUUGACAUACCGCUCUAUCUCUUCAAUCAACUAUCAACAUGGAAGAUCAGGCAGCAACGAACCUCAUCGGAGCCCUCAUAUUCUGGCUCUACAUCGUCCUAGCCCUUGUGUUCACAUCCCUCGUCCUGGACUCUCUCAUUCGACUCCCUACACCUGCCGGGAGACGAAGCCAAGUGUUGGUCUUCAGCAGCCUGGCCUUUUUCAGCUUUGUCGCCUUAUCCUUCAACAUGCUGCACGUUCUGGUAUACUCCUUCAAGCUCUGGACACAAGGUCAUCCUCUUCCGGAGAGAAUAAACGUUGGCCUAGCGUUGGCAACGAUCUGGAAGUGGUCCAUCACAUCGACUCUUUUCAAGGAUUUCGGCGUCGCAAUCGUUGAAGAUCUGAAGCGAUUCUUCUGGACGCAGGCUGCACUUUGGGUGACCAUGUCUGUGUGCCUGUAUAUGGGUGCCGAAGGCGUGCACAGAAGGGUUCCAAGGUUAUGGGCAUACUUCGCUUUGAGUCAGAUCUUGCCAAUCUCGUUUGCGCAGAAUUUGUUCUACGUUGCGUUGCUUAAACUGCCGCCAGCCGAGUUGAAAACAGGAGUAAUGCUACCUCGCAAAAUUACUGCAGGCGUUGUGCUGGGUUAUGGAGCCUCUUUGACAUUGGCGGCCUUUCCGCUGAUAUGGGAUGUUCUGGACAGAGUGUACCCAAUCACGCUGCGCAAAAUAGAAGCUGUGCCGUGGAGAUGCGUGCCACCAAGAAAAGUGGAGGUGGACAGCCGGUAUCUCAUCCCAACAAUACUCGUUGCGAGAAUGCUACUGUUGCUCCCACUGUUCCUGCCGAAGUUGCAGCGAGAGGCCAGCGCAGCGAGCUAUCCACGUGGAGGUUCUGACAUGCAGGUUAUGCAGAAAUUGGUGACAGUUUGCGCUAUCGCUAUGACAGCGGGCGUUGGAUGUCUGUUGCGAGAUCUCGAUUCCAUGUGGAUAGAGUUCUUGAUUCUGGAGUUCAGAUGGUGGUUACUGCCAGCGCUCUGGAGUCAUCCAGCUGUCACAUCGCUGGGCUUCGAUUUCCUCCUCAGCGGCGUUAGUGCUGGAGCUUGGGUGUCCAAGUGGGUGCAAUGCGGAGGUACACCUCAAUCGUUCGAAAGCAAGAGAGAAGGCAUCAAAUCCAAGUGAUGAGAUAGCAACGCCAAUGUGCUCGCUCACGAGAACACCAGAUCUUCAUUGAAGUCUCGUCCAUUCACGGCAUAUUUCUCCUUGUUCAACGAGCUCAUCUCCGGCUUGUCCUUGCUGGUGUCUCGUAUCUCUGUUGUUCUAGCUCCUCCCUCCUUCUCUUUCUUCUCGUCUUCCUCGUCCUUCGCACAGCCACAAUCGUAGAAGUCUCCAAUGUUAUUGCAAUCAAAUAUCUCCUUGUGCAGCCUGAUGUUCACCUGGUUGUGCACAUGACAUGCCCAGCCUGCCGCCGCGUUUCUCGAGCUCACUUGCGGCGGGAACUUCUUCAGCAGCUCUCCG